CAACUUGCACGAUGAGUAACCUUUUUCUCUUUCUUUCUCCUUAUAAACAGUUGCAACGAGUGUGGGUGUGGCCACUUAAUCGAUGCGAUGGGACCGACUUUUGGAGAAGGAAAGGUCGGUGCGCUCUCUCAGGCGUAUCAUAGCAUGCGACCCUUUGUUUAUUGAUUGAGCGACAUUCCGUUCCGCUUUUGCCAUACGUGUUCGCAACUUUUAUUUAUGCGGGCAUUUGGGUGUGUGUGUGUGUGUAUCUAUACAUAGAUAAAAAUCAAAAAGUUGCAGAGCUUUUGAGUGUAGUGCCGUUGUCCAUGGCGAAGACUCGGCCGAGAGUCCGGAAGAGGGUCUAUCCCCUUCGUCGUGCUCCUGAUGGAAGCGCCUUCCAGAACUGUGAAUAUUGCGGCGUUUCGGUGGCGAUUGCCAUAGCCGACAUCCACGAGUGCGAGCCCGGGAAAGAUGUGAAGAGAUUCAAAGGUCCAAUCAGAAACCAAGUUGUUAAAGAACAGAGAAUUCAAGACCUACCCAGAUCGCCAUUUUGCUUCUUUAUGGAAGGCUUUGUGGAGAGGUGUGAAGUUAGGAACGGGAUUGAAAUUGAUAGAGAAGGGUUUGAGGCAUGGAGGAACAUGUCACAGAAGGAAAGGCUACCUUAUAUUCUCCAAGCCGAAAAGGUGGAUUUGGCCUACAGGAAUGCUUUGCUUGAAAAGGUUGAAGAUACAUCAUGGGUAGGUGAUGAAGCUGAUUCAGCAGAGGUUGGGAGGUAUGACCAGAAUUAUGAGCCCUAUCCAUGCACUGAAUAUACUUACGACUCUGAUGGCUUUUUAUGCUCCUGGUUUGAAGGCAGUGAGAGCUUUUAUUCCUGAUUGGUUGAAGAUGAUGCCUGAUUGAGGGUUUCAUGUCAAUGUAUUGGACCAGGGGCUCCAGAAAUCUGUUGCUGACUUUCUGAAGGCAAGUCAUUUGGCUAUUGUAAAUUGAGAUUACAGGUUUAGAACUCUUAUCGGUCUUCAGUUUGAUUUUGUUGGAUUCAAAAGGUUCUUUAAUGCAAUUUGAGAUGGGAAGCUUUGUUCUUCAAA